AUGGCCCUCAGUCUCGACACCAAGACGACCUUCGAGCCUCGUCGAAUCCUCCAACCCAUCUAUACCGGCGGCACCGUAGCCCUCAGCGAAGAUGGGAGAAUCCUGGCUACAUGUUUGGGCGAAGAAGCCUUGCUGUCCGACUUGGACACUGGAAGACACCUCGCACGCAUUGGAGGGGACGGCGAGGCCAUCACCACUCUUGCCCUUACUCCCGACGCUUCAUACCUUGUAAUAUGCUCUCGCUCUCUGUCCAUGCGCAUCUAUGCGCUGCAACUUUUGGAUGACGGCAUAGACGCAAAGCUGUUGCGAACCCUGAAACCGCACACCACCCCCAUCGUCACAGCAGCCGUCGACUCGACCAGCUCUCUCCUCGCGACUGGCAGUGCAGAUGGCGUAGUCAAGGUGUGGGAUAUAAGAGCUGGCUUCACAACGCAUACGUUCCACGGUCACAGCGGCGUCAUCUCUGCACUGUCCUUCUUCCUCGUGCCAAAUUCAACCGAUGUUCAGCCAACGAGUCGCAGUAAGAAGCGGAAGAGUCAUGAGAUUGAGGGUCAAGCAGAGGCCGCGGGGGACGCUGGGAGUCCAGGCUUCCACCUGGCAUCGGGAGGCGAAGACGGCAAGAUCAGAAUCUGGGAUCUGCACAAGCGCAAAAGCGUCGCAUCUCUCGACGCCCAUGCGUCAGUGGUGCGCGCCUUCGACUUUACCCCCGGCCGGCAGCUCCUCGCAUCGGCGAGUCGAGACAAGACGGUAAUGCUGUGGGAUUCGAGGACAUGGAAGAUUCAUGCUACCAUCCCCAUACUCGAGGAGAUUGAAGCCGUGGGCUUCGUCGGAGAUUCCUUCUUCUACACCGCUGGCGAGCGGGGAGUGAUACGGGUGUGGAAUACCAGUGAUUCUCAGGAAAUCACCGAAACCCAGCCUGCUGGAGGCGAAACAGAUGCCGUGGUCCAAGUGUUGAACUGCCCCAAACUCUCGUCUUUGCUGUCAGUGCACGCAGACCAGACGUUGAAGCUGCAUGCAUGGGGCUUGUACAAGUCCGAUUCUUCACCCAGUCGCAUGGCCGCUCUACCAGUGUACAGGCGCAUCUCCGGCACACAUGACGAAGUCAUCGACCUCGCGUACAUUGGGCCACAGCGAAACAUGCUUGCUCUUGCGACCAACCUCGAUGAUAUUCGAAUCGUUUCCAUUGAUGAGAGUCGCCUGUCGGAUGCCGACGCAGACUCCCUCACCGCCUGGCCUUACUUUGGAGCCGAUGUUGCCCUUCUCAAGGGUCAUACAGACAUCAUCAUUACCCUUGACGUUGACUGGUCUGGACACUGGCUUGCGACGGGAGCGAAAGAUAACACCGCCAGAUUGUGGCGACUUGAGCCCGCAAACGACUCCUACACCUGCUACGCUACAUUUACCGGACAUGCAGAGAGUAUUGGUGCAGUCUCUCUGCCCAGAUCUACCCCACCUCAAGGCUCGAAGGAACACACCAACCCUCUCGAUCAUCCGCCCAAAUUCCUCAUCACUGGAAGCCAAGACAAGACAGUCAAACGCUGGGAAGUGCCUGCGCUUGGAUCAGGCAAGGCCUCAAGAGCGUCUUACACCCGCAAAGCCCAUGACAAGGACAUCAAUGCCAUAUCGACGUCCUACUCCCACUCAAAUCCGCUCUUUGCCUCCGCGUCUCAGGAUCGCACGGUGAAAAUAUGGGAUGUCGAGAACGGAGAGGCAAUUGGUGUCUUGCGAGGGCACAAGAGAGGCGUGUGGGCUGUCGCGUUCUCUCCGCCUUCAGUGUCUCAGAUCACGACCAACGAGGCCGGGGGUGCGAGCACCGCAAAAGGGAUGAUUGUGACUGGAUCCGGAGACAAGAGUGUUCGAGUGUGGAGCUUAGCUGACUACACCUGUCUGAGGACCUUUGAAGGGCAUGCGAACAGUGUGCUGAAAGUCGUCUGGCUGCCCGCUCCCGCAGAUGGCCAGAAGGGGAGAGGCGCUGUGCAGGUUGCCAGUGCCGCCGGGGAUGGUCUGGUCAAGAUCUGGGAUGUGCAGCAAGGGGAGUGUGCGACUACACUGGACAAUCACAUCGACAGGGUGUGGGCGCUGGCAGUCAAACCUUCACCCGCCUCCACGUUCACCAAGCAAACGCAGCUUACAUCUCCAGAUGAAACAAUGCUGGACGAAGAUGAGGAGUCUGUCGAACGAGCGCCGCCGCUAGAACUCGUAUCAGGUUCGGCAGACAGCACGCUCACGUUCUGGACCGACACAACGGCCUCCACGGCUCUCAAAGCUACAACCCAAGCCACUGCGCGAAUUGAGCAAGACCAGGAGCUCCAAAAUCACAUCCGCGCGAACAAUUACCGCGAAGCCAUCGUGCUAGCACUCCAGCUGAACCACCCGAAAAGACUGCUCGAUCUCUUCACGGCGGUGGUCAAUGGCCCACAAGAGUCCGGCAGCUUUACCGGCAGGAAGGAAGUCGAUGAAGUCAUCGGUGCGCUGAGCGACGGACAGCUAUGGAUCCUCCUCAAACGGCUCCGCGACUGGAACGCGAAUGCUCGCACGCACCUGGUGGCCCAGCACAUCCUCUUCGCCCUGCUACGUUUGUACCCCAAAGACAGACUUUUGAAUCUGCGGAAACGAAGGCGGAAGCUGGCGACUCGGGAGGCAAUUGGGCAAGGGGGGGAAGAAGGUGGGGAGGACGAACUCGUGGAUUCCAUGGCUCAGCUGAGCACUGGUGGGAGGGAUAAGGAGGGCGUCAAGGACGUGGUGGAUGCUCUGAAGGCGUACACCGAGCGGCAUUAUGCGAGGCUGGAUCGCGCGGCGGAGGAGAGGUUUGUGCUGCUUUGGACUUUGGAGCAGAUGGAUGAGGUUGGCGGUGGUGCUGGUGAUGAUGCGUUGCUAAAUGGCCAUGCUUUGACAAACGGAGAUGUAGAGAUGAUGAGGGUUUGA